CACUCCAUCGCCGCAAGCUUGUGAAGUUGAAUCCUUCACGUCUUCCUGUCUUGACUUUGUGAGUGUGUUUGAAGCGAGGGCUGUGGGGCUCGCUGCAGGCCCAUGUUCUUGUUCUUGUAUAUCAUAAAUUUGGUCUUGCUUUUUUAUGUAUUUGAAGUGUCUAUUGCGAAAUUUUGGUAUUAAAGAGUUCGUUAACUUACAUUGAAAUAUGUGGGUAGUAAACACGAUUAAGCAGUUAAUGAGAGGCCCUUCUGAGGCCUAAUCUGUGUGCAUUUUAUUUCCUCACAAUUUCUUCUUCAAGCAAAUUAGCCCUCCUCGCAAUAUGAUGCUGAUGAAGAAGAAACAAUCUCCGCAAGAAAAGCCUAUGUUCUCGUUUGGAGUGAUUACUGACAUUCAAUAUGCUGACAUUCACGAUGGGAAAUCCUUCUUAGGAGUGCCGCGGUACUACCGGCACGCAUCUGAAGUAUUGCGGAGAGCUAUGGACACAUGGAACAAGCACGGGAACCUCGCAUUCGCAGUCCAUUUUGGUGACAUUGUGGACGGAUUAUGCCCCAAGAAGCAAUCCAAACAAGCGUUCGAGCGCAUCUUAUCAGAGCUCCCUAAUUUCGAAAACGGCCCCGUCUAUCAUAUGCUUAGCAACCACGGUUGGGAACUACUUUAACCGAGGCGCAUGAAGCGCAACAGAAGGUUAUAAUUUGCUGCCACUUGCCGAUGGAUCCAGGCGCAUCGUUUUCUUUCGCUCUGCUCUGGAAUUAUGACGUUGUGUUGGCGGUUGUGCACAAAUUCAACUGCGUGGUGGGGUGCUUUGCUGGACACGCCCAUCAGGGCGGUCAUUCUGUGGACUCUCAUAGCGUGCAUCACCACGUGCUGGAAGCGGUGCUGGAGUGCCCUCCCGGUUCGGAUGCGUAUGGCUAUGUCAACGUUUUCUCCCACUAUCUCUCUCUUUGCGACACGGAUUGCAGCGAGCCCCACAGCCCCCGCUGCACACACUUUCACAAAGUCAAGACAGGAAGACAUGAAGGAUUCAACUUCACAAGCUUGCGGCAAUGGAGUGCGGAGCGAAUGCGAGAACGAGCACAGAGCACCUGAAUGGGAAUGGGGUUCCGGAUGACAGUUGGGAACCAUCAUUUAGAACAUGAUUAUGAUGGUAAAGAUAGGAUGGGUCACUUUAACAUUCUCCAAUAUAUAUAUAUUUAUUUAUUUAUAAAAAAAUAAUCUUUAAAAAAAACUACUAAACUAAAUGACCAAUUAUAUAGUGAAUACACUCAUAUUGAUUAUAAUAAAAGCCAAUUAAGUCAUUGUUUUUUAAAAGUUUAAAUUUU